AUGAGUGGUAGAGGCAAAACCGGAGGCAAAGCAAGAGCAAAGGCCAAGACUCGCUCUUCCAGGGCUGGACUGCAGUUCCCCGUCGGCCGUGUCCACAGACUGCUCCGCAAAGGUAACUAUGCUGAGCGCGUCGGUGCCGGUGCUCCGGUGUAUCUGGCAGCUGUGCUUGAGUAUCUGACUGCUGAGAUUCUGGAGUUGGCUGGAAACGCCGCUCGGGACAACAAGAAGACCCGUAUCAUUCCCCGUCAUCUGCAGCUUGCGGUGCGCAAUGAUGAGGAGCUGAACAAACUGCUGGGCGGAGUGACCAUCGCACAGGGCGGUGUGCUGCCCAACAUCCAGGCGGUGCUGCUGCCUAAGAAGACCGAAAAGGCCGCGAAAGGCAAAUAAGUGCACUAGAAAACCGCAU